AUGCCGAAAGACAGCAUUCAAUAUUUUACUUAUCGCGAUCUCCAGACCUACCGCACAUACUCCUACGAAAGCAUGCAGUGGUUGCAUUUUGUCAUGCAAAACGAGCACAUUGAAAUUCAACACGCUCGAAAUCAUCCGGACGGAGAAAAACGAAUAGGCCGCUACAAAGUUGACGGAUUUUACGAAGCAGCCAAUACGGUUUUCGAGUACCAUGGGUGCUAUUUUCAUGGGUGUCCAAAAUGCUACACGGCAGACGCGGUAACAAAUGGGAAUCAAAAUAUGGCUCAAUUGCUACAGGCAACGAAGCAUAAGCAGCGCUACCUGGAAACUCGUGGCUAUUCCUAUCGCAGUAUCUGGAGCUGCGAAUGGAAAUCCUUGAGGCAAGGGGAGGAGAUAAAAAAAGCUUUAAAAAGUUUCUGCCACACCGAACCCAUGAAUGUGCGUGACGUUCUGUUCGGUGGGCGGACGGAGGCGUUCCGCCUGCUUAACCUGCCGGACACAAGUAGUGGCCGGUACAUCUCCUACCUAGAUAAGAAUUCCCUUUAUCCUGCCGUAUGCAAGCAGAAAGAAUACCCUCUUGGGCUGCCUGACCGAAUCCUCAGCGAUUUCAAGCCCCUUGAUCAGUAUUUUGGAAUCGCUCAUGUGAGAGUGCUUCCGCCCAGCAAUCUUCCGCUCCCUCUUCUUCCACAACGCAUCAAUGGCAAAUGUAUGUUCGCCCUGUGCUGGCGGUGUGCAGAGGCAAACAACCAAGAAACGUCCUGCACGCACACUGACGAAGAGCGAAGCUUCAACGGUGUUUAUACGACACCGGAAGUUAAUCUGGCAGUCUCCUUAGGCUACCGUAUACUGGCAAUUCAUGAAGUCUGGCACUACUCGAAGAGGGGAAAUCUGUUUGCCGAUUACAUAAGCACAUUUAUGGCAGAAAAAGCAGCUGCAAGCGGGUUUCCCUCACACUGCCAGUCCGAUGGAGAAAAACAGGCCUACCUUCAGUCGCUUAAAGACAGAGACAAUGUUGUUGUCGACGACCCGGGGAAGGUGGAAUUCAAUCCCACACGACGCCUUCUCUCGAAACUCAUGCUCAAUACAUUAUGGGGCAGGCUGGCAAUCAAGGAAAACAAACCGAGUUUUGAAUAUGUCAAAAGCGUCAAACGGUUCAAUGAAUUAUUCUACUCUGGAAAAUAUACAGUUAAUUACAUUGAUGUUGUUAACGAGGAUGUUCUGCAGGUGCAGAGCACCAAGUCAAGCGACUUGGACGGAACUGAUUUGCGCGCAAAUGUAAUCAUCGCCGGUUUUGUCACUAGUUACGCGCGUCUGGAGCUAUAUGCUGGCAUGACCUUUGUAGGCAUCGAACGCCUGUUAUAUGUGGAUACUGAUUGUGUGAUUGCGCUGGAAGGACCCGGUCUGCCGAGCCUCCCCGUGGGCGAAUGCUUAGGAGAGUUUAAAUCGGAGAUCGACGAUGACAGAAUCACUUUGUUCGUCUGUGGCGGCCCGAAAAUGUACGCAUACCGUACCGAAAAAGGCAUGUCCGUUUUCAAGGCAAAGGGAAUAACAAUUAAUAAAGGAAACAUCGAUUUCUUUACACCAGGAUUGCUGGAGGAGAUGGUCAGAAAUCCAGAGGAAAUUCAGUAUUUUCUCAACCCGUACAAAAUUUUUCGUAUACGAGGCACCUGGCAGCUGACCACGCGGGAGGAAACGAAAAUGGUCCGAUUCACAUUCGAUAAGCGAAGAAUAUUGAAUUCCACUCCGAGUUAUGAAACGCUCCCAUUCGGAUAUAAGAUAUAA